UCACGAGCAGACAGAACUAAACGGAACUAAACGGUUUCUCAAGCCCCAGAGGAGUUCAUCCCUCACUCCAGAAGCCAUCUCACCUAUCCCGAUCUAACGGUCUGUGCUUCUCUCUAAUAACAAUGCGUACCCCCCAUGCCACGUCAUCAUCGUCCUCUUAAGGGAUAAAUUUCUAUGACGCCAUCUACAAAUAGCAGGAAGUUGGUCGAGGUUGAAAAAAAAAAAAAGAGGAAUGAUGAGGGUGACAAAAAAAAAAAGAAAACGGAUGAUUAUGGUGACGACAUUGAUAGGAUCAUUAUGACAAUUAUGAUGAUGACCAUCACGAGGGCUGAUGGAGGCGGUGAUGGUGAUGAUGAGGAGGAGGAGGCGGAGGAGGAGGAGGAAGCGGAGAAAGAGGAGGAGGAAGAGGAGGCGGAGGAGGAGGAGGAAGAGGAGGAGGAGGAGGAGGAGGAGGAGGGGAGGAUGACGAUGAUGGCGAUAAUGAUACUGAUCGUGUAAUCAACGACCACAGAAAUGGGAUGAUGGACGAGGUGGUAAUGAUGAGAGGAGGAGGAGGAGGAGGAGGGUGGUGAUAAUGGUCCUGAUCGUGCUAUGAACGACCACAGAAACGGGCUGAUGGGCGUGAUGAUGAUGAGGAAGAGGAUGCCGAUGAUGGUGAUAAUGAUCUUGAUCGUGUUAUCAACGACCACCAAAACGGCCUGAUGGAGGCGCUGGGGAUGAUGAUGAUGAUGAUGAUGAUGAUGAUGAUGAGGAGGAGGAGGAGGAGGAGGAGGAGGAGGAGGAGAACGAUGAUAAAGAUAAUGAUCCUGA